CGUAAAUAUCUAUCUCUAGAGACGAUCUAAACAUAAAUAGAUCUAGACUAUUUGUCUAUAAAGACUACACUAGAUCUAGAUCUAGAUCUAUUCACUUGAUCAAGUCUAGAUCUUUAUCUAUAAUAUCUAUAUAGAUAGUUCUGUUAAAUAUUAUUUAAAUAAGGAUCUCAUAACGCCAGUAAACGUAAUGCAUAAUCUAAAAAAUAGAGAACGAAGUCAAGUCCAAGAUGCUGCGCAUCUCAGAAAUCGCAACACCAAAUUUAUCCAAAAUACGAGCACUGGUGGUUCAGAAACUGCGGAAAUAUCUUCGAAUGAACACAAAUAUGGUAUUGCCGCUCACAACACAAAAAUGGAAGAUUCUCGGAAAAAGGAUUCUGACAGCUCAAAAAAAGUUCAGAAUGGAGAGAGCAAUACAAAGCUUGAGUCUGAUAGUCUUUAUGGCUCUCACUGGCUGACAAGAGUUUUGAUUGUCCGCUACAUGGGUUUCAUCUACGUUGUAGCUUAUCUUGUCAGCUUGCACCAAAACAAGGAACUGUUAGGUAAAACUGGACUUCUACCUGCCAAUACAUAUUUAGAUAAUGUGCGCAACCAUGUGGGCUCAUCCAGUGCAUGGUCAUUGAUCACUACUGCACCAACCCUGCUCUGGUUUGUAGACUAUGAAAACAAUCUGAAUUUCUGGCUGGAUGUUAUUGCUUGGACUGGUCUAUCUAUAGCUUUGUUUAUGGUUGUCACUGGUGCUGGGAACUGGCCCUUGUUGUUGUUUCAGUGGAUCCUUUAUCAUUCUUUGGUCAAUGUGGGCCAAAGAUGGUUUUCAUUUGGUUGGGAGAGUCAAGUUCUAGAGACUGGAUUCCUGACUACCUUUCUCUGUCCAAUGUUGUCAUUGUCAUCCCUUCCCAAGUCCACACCUCCAUCUCGGAUCAUAAUAUUUGCCUACAGAUGGCUCAUCUUUAGGAUCAUGCUUGGGGCUGGACUCAUUAAAAUAAGGGGAGAUAAAUGUUGGCUAGAUCUGACCUGCAUGAACUAUCAUUAUGAGACCCAGCCAGUACCCAACCCAAUGAGUUAUUUGAUGCAUCAGUCACCAGAGUUUUUCCACAAGUUUGAAGUUUUGUGCAAUCACUUUGUGGAAUUGAUUGCUCCCUUCUUUCUCCUGAUUCCACGGAGGACAUGCAUGAUUGGUGGAGCCAUACAAAUCUUGUUUCAGGUUGUUUUGAUCAUCAGUGGGAAUCUCAGCUUUUUGAACUGGUUGACCAUACUGCCCAGUCUUGCUUGUUUUGAUGAUGCCAGUCUGUCGUGGAUGUUCUCCCAGAGAGUUAAGUCAAAGGCUAUCAAACAUAACCUGGAAAUAGGAAAGACAACUAAGACUCCUCUCACUGGAGUUAUCAGGAGAAUCUUUAACAUUAGUUUUGGUGUGUUGAUUGCUUACCUCAGUAUACCAGUGGUAAUGAACCUCCUUUCAUCCCAGCAGGCCAUGAACACUUCCUUUGAUCCAUUGCGAUUGGUCAACACAUAUGGGGCAUUUGGAAGUAUAACUAAGAAAAGAACUGAAGUGAUAUUUUUUGGCACGAACAGCACUGAUCCAGAGUCGCCCGCAGCUGUAUGGGAGGAGUAUCAAUUUAAAUGUAAGCCAGGGGACACAAUGCGCAGACCCUGCAUUAUUUCCCCUUAUCACUAUCGUCUGGACUGGCUGAUGUGGUUUGCAGCAUUUCAGAGCUACAACCACAACCCAUGGCUGGUUCACUUGGCUGCGAAGUUUUUAGCCAAUGAUAAAGAAGUUGAAUCUUUGAUAGCCUUCAACCCUUUCCAUGACAGACCCGCUCCAAGGUUUGUCAAAGCUGACCACUAUCGUUACAUCUUUGCUAAAAUUGGAACUCCUGAGGCCUCAAGAGGUCACUGGUGGAAAAGAAAAAAGAUGGACUCCUACCUGCCUGUCGUCUCUUUGUCCAGCCUUCAACCAAUGAUGGAUCAGAUGGGAUGGUCGCCUCGCAAAGGUCAUCGCUCCAAGAGGAAAACUUAAACCUUUAGGAAAGUUUGUAUGUGUGGGUGCUCUAUUUAGUAUUGCAAGGAAAUGUUCACUUCUGCUGUGUGUGUCUGAUCUAUAUAAUUAUCAUUUCUUUAUAGCAGUGUAUUUAAAACUGUUAUAAUUUUGUUGGAAGCUCAUAAUAAACUUUGUCAAUGCAUCAA